AUGCUGCAGGAUGAUGAUGACAGUGAGGACGGUUUGGAUUUCGACGAUGACAGCCUCGCCGACCCAGAUUUUUCCCCCGAAUUAGAAACUUUUGAAGACAAUACUUCCACCUUAGAUAUCGACGUUGAUUCUAUAAUAGAAACCUUAGAAAGUAACCACGAAAGCUCAGUUCCAUCACCUCCAAGCGCUGAAACUGCAUCACACGGUCCUCUUCCUUCAUCAGCUCAAAGCAAUCAAUCAAAUAAAACUGCAACGAAACCUACUAAAUUGAAUUUACGCUGGAAGAAGAAGAGCCUACAGGUAAAUUCUGAGCAGCUUAGAUUCAAGGGUAACAUGAACUUAGGCACUGAACUUUUAGAACUAGAAACCCCUAUCCAGUUUUUCUUUUACCUCUUUCCACAAGAGCUUAUCAAGAUGAUAUCAGAAGAGACCAAUCUUUACCAAGUUCAGAAUGAUCCUAAUAGCACUUUUCGUGUGACAGAAAUGGAUAUCAGGCAAUUUAUGGGCGUGGUUUAUCUAAUGUCUCUUAUCCGAUUACCCAGAGUUACGAACCACUGGAACCCAAUACUUGGUACCCCAAUAAUACAGGAUACUAUGCCAUUGAAUAAAUUUGAGAAAGUGCGCCAAACUUUACACUUCAAUGACAAUAGUAAAAAUCUACCUAGAAACGAUCCUGGUUAUGAUAGAAUUUUCAAAAUAAGACCAGUGGUUGAAUCUCUAAAUGCAGCUUACAAAAAGGUUCCUUUGGAAGAACACCUCUGUGUUGACGAGCAAAUGUGUUCCACUAAGGCACGGAAUGUGUUGAAGCGAUACAACCCUCAAAAGCCACAUAAAUGGGGUUAUAAAAUUUAUGUGUUGAGUGGCGUUUCUGGUUAUGCCUAUAAAACAGAAAUUGAAACUGGUAAGGAAAACAUUACUCUUCCAGAAGAGCCAGAUUUGGGCGCAGCAUCCAACGUCGUCAUGAGGUUAGCGCGUUUAAUUCCAAGGCAUCAAAAUUACCAAUUGUAUUUUGACAAUUACUUUACCUCUCUUCGUCUGUUGGAAUAUUUGGCCAAAGAAGGCAUUCACAGUCUUGGUACGAUUAGAAGAAAUAGAAUCCCAGACUGUAAGUUGCAACCAGAAAAGAUACUAUUGAAAAAACCCAGAGGACAUUCAGAAGAAUAUGUAGCUGACGUCAAUGGCACCGACAUUUCUAAUGUGGCAUGGAAAGAUAACAAAAUUGUCACUCUGGUUUCUACUUUUGCUGGAAUACAGCCUGAAACUGAUGUUCGCAGAUGGGACAAACAGAACUCUAGGUACGAGAGCAUAAAACGUCCGAACGUUGUAGGAGAGUACAAUCGCCACAUGGGUGGUGUUGACCUCAUUGACAGCAUCAUGGCGAUAUACAAGAUACAGUUGCUAUCUUUAUUUGCAGUAGAAGAAACUUUAAAAGCAGUCAAGCCUUCUCUAAUCGACAUUGCCCAAGAAUUCCGAGUGGAUGCACCUACAAUGGAUAGGCUCAUCGUCUCAAUGGAGAAACAUAGUGCACAUUAA